AAGAAGUUGCAUUAAUAACUUGGAACACAUGGCUCUUAUACACAGAGAUGAAAAUUCAUCAGUGAAUUAACAAUACCUGCAUAUAAGCAUGGAGAAGGUUCAAAUAUACAGAUCUUAAAUAUUAUCGUAAUAUAUAAGACUGGAUCAAAUUAACAUAAGGAAGUAUUGGCCGAUUCUGAAGUAGGUUGAAGUACUACGGAUGAUCAGUGCAAGUAAAUAUUUGGGUCUGGAAUUGCUAUCUCGGGUUAUUUGAUAAAACAAAGAGACCAGAACACUGGAUUAAUAAAGAAACGUACAAAGGAAUAUUUGGUGAUUUUAUGCUAUUGAAUCAUACAGCAGUAGUGAGUAGAAGUCCAUGAGUAUAUAUGAAACAUUUUCAUUGGUUAUUCAGCCAGUUCUGAUUCUUCCUUCGUUCGAUGUCUUGGAAGUGAAGUAAUAUUGAUCGGAGAUAGUCUUGUAUGUAUUCAUUGCUCCAUUGGCUCAACAAAAACUAAUAGAAAACCUGAAUCUACGUUGUGUGCUCUAAAUUAUAUUGAACUGCUAUAUGACAUAGGAGCUGCUAUAUAAGGAAGGUUUUAAUGAUAUGCAGGAGGAGAUAUAAGCAUUCAGAAAAUCUAAACAAGACUUAAGGGCAUUUAAGGGCAUCCUUUAAGGAAUUCAGUGCCCAUUAAAACCUCCAAGAUUUUAUAUCAUGUAUCCAACUGUUGGACUAUACAGGAUUUGAACCAUAAAGUAACAAAAUGGAAGGCUCUGUAUUAUAGCAUGUAUUGGAAGGACUUCUAUCUGGAAUGGUUCAGGACUUCAAUUACUGAUUAGUGUAGCAGAUGAGCUGAAGAAUAUCUCUUAGCACAGUAUUAUUUAUUACUUUAAAACAGUACCUGUAUUGAUAAAGACUUACAUUUCUGAAGUAGGACUUAAUCACUGAUUGUUAAGUAUGAGUGACCAAAUUCUUCAGGAAAAGCUUGCCAGCAUGGGGCAUCAGCAUGGGGGACAACAAACCACUUAUGUGGCAUAUUCCAUGGUAGAUUCUUCAAGAGUCUCCACAUUUGUGAUCUCAAUACUCCUUAUAGUUUAUGGAAGCUUCAGAUCUCUUAAUCUGGAGCAGGAAAACAAAGAGAAGAGCAAAGAGAAAGAAAAGGAAGCUUAUACCAAUGGCACAGCACAACCUGGCAGUCCUAGUGCACCAGAACAGGAACAAAAUGUACAGACAAUUGACUCAUGUCAGGCAAUGUUUCUGCCAAUCGGGGCAUCAAUCUCUCUCCUCAUUAUGUUUUUAUUCUUCGACUCACUUCAGAUGGUUUUUGCCGUCUGUACAGCCAUUCUAGCCACAGUAGCUUUUGCGUUCCUACUCCUUCCAAUGUGCCAGUAUUUAUGUAGACCAUUCGUUCACAACCAAAAAAUGUCAUUUGGUUGCUGUGGACGUUUUACACCACCUGAAAUUAUGGCAUUCUGUUUGUCCUUCCUCCUAGUUUGUAUAUGGGUCCUCACCGGACAUUGGCUUCUUAUGGAUGCCCUUGGAAUGGGAUUAUGUGUCGCGUUUAUAGCUCUAGUAAGACUCCCUAGUCUCAAGGUCUCAACUCUACUUCUUGUGGGACUCCUUGUAUAUGAUGUAUUCUGGGUGUUCUUUUCUUCAUAUAUAUUUAAUACCAAUGUAAUGGUGAAAGUAGCUACAAGGCCUGCAGAAAAUCCAGUUGGUGUUUUGGCCAAGAAGCUCCACUUAACUGGGUUAGUCAGGGAUGCACCCAAACUCUCCCUUCCGGGUAAACUAGUCUUUCCAAGUAUGCAGAACAGUGGACACUUUUCCAUGUUGGGCUUAGGAGAUAUCGUCAUGCCGGGACUACUUUUAUGUUUUGUCUUACGUUAUGACGCGUACAGGAAGACACAGUUUGUCAUUGAUAGUGGCCUACCACCACCUGCAACGUAUUAUAACCGAAUCACAUACUUCCAUUGCUCAUUGCUAGGAUAUUUCCUUGGGUUGUUAACAGCUACCGUAUCAUCAGAAGUGUUCAAAGCAGCCCAGCCUGCUUUGUUGUAUCUUGUGCCAUUCACACUAUUGCCCCUCUUUACAAUGGCAUAUCUUAAGGGAGAUUUGAGGCGAAUGUGGUUUGAACCAUUUGAAGCCACUAAACCUCCCAAAUAUGUGGAUGUCUGACCUCACCCCCUUUACAGGAGUUAAAGACCAUAAUACAAUGACCUUGACCUUCUAGCCCAUACAGCUGUGUCUGAUCAUUAGGUCAUCACAUGUUAUCACCAUAUACGGUGUGUGGACAAUGGAUUAAUACCAAAUAUGGGAGUGACAUAUCAGAGCCAUAUAUGGUUGGGUAGUCAUAGCAAACAUUGGGUGGUUUCCAAAUAAGGACAAGGGAUACUCUAGAUCUGAAUAUAGGAUAAUACAUCUAGAUAAUGUUACUUUUUAAUGAACAAUGAAAUUUUGGAUAAUUUUGCCAGAAUUCCUGGAUCUUGACAGUAAAAAUGAAAAACUGAAUCUGGGCAGUGAAUUGUGUUGAAAAUUAAAAAUGGAAGGAAAUAUCGAUAGCAGCAAAUCUUGAAAAUAUGGAAAUUUGAAACAUCAUAUCUCUAAGAAAUGUAUUUUGGAAAGACUUGGAAAAGGAUUUGACAUCCUGAAUACCUCUGAAGCUAAAUAGCCUAUACAGUAAAUGAAAAACCAAAUUAUGAAUAAUCCAGGAUUCUGGGAUACAGUGUACCUUGGUGUGUGGUCAUAUUUAAAAAUGCAAAAUAUGAUAAAAAAAUUAACAAGAUUUUUACAGUUUAGCCUGAAUAAUUGUAAGAAAACUGUGUUCAUAAAUUGAGACCAAAAAGCAGGACCACUAAUCACAUGGGAUGGCCACUAAAAACAAGAAAUGGCCACUUAAAACAACAAAGAAUUUCCAAAUUGAUACACAGCCUCAAGAACUGCAUCAAUAUGAGGUAAAACACUUCAUUUACACAGGAGGAGAUUACCCAGAAUGCUUACCUUAUUUUUGGAGACAAGAAAGUUUUGAACCAAUCACAGUUUUGGAUUAUCUCGAAUUGUUUUUUCAAAAUCUACCCAUUAAGUCCCCAAAGAGUGAGGCAAGGCUUCUAUUUUAUUAGAUUGAGGCAAAAUAGUGGGGAGCAAAUUAGAAUUCAGUAGUUUGCCUCAAUAUAACAGCCAAUUAAGCACUAUUGGUACGUUUUCUCAUGCCAGUGAAUGUGACAUGUUUUCUCAUGCCAGUGAAUGUGACAUGUUUUCUUGUGGCAGGGAAUGUGACAUGUUUUCUCAUGCCAGUGAAUGUGACAUGUUUUCUCAUGCCAGUGAAUGUGACAUGUUUUCUCAUGCCAGUGAAUGUGACAUGUUUUCUUGUGGCAGGGAAUGUGACAUGUUUUCUCAUGGCAGGGAAUGUGACAUGUUUUCUCAUGGCAGGGAAUGUGACAUGUUUUCUCAUGCCAGGGAAUGUGACAUGUUUUCUCAUGGCAGGGAAUGUGACAUGUUUUCUCGUGGCAGGGAAUGUGACAUGUUUUCUCGUGGCAGGGAAUGUGACAUGUUUUCUCGUGGCAGGGAAUGUGACAUGUUUUCUCGUGGCAGUGAAUGUGACAUGUUUUCUCAUGCCAGUGAAUGUGACAUGUUUUCUCAUGCCAGUGAAUGUGACAUGUUUUCUCAUGGCAGUGAAUGUGACAUGUUUUCUCAUGCCAGUGAAUGUGACAUGUUUUCUCAUGGCAGUGAAUGUGACAUGUUUUCUCAUGCCAGUGAAUGUGACAUGUUUUCUCGUGGCAGGGAAUGUGACAUGUUUUCUCGUGGCAGGGAAUGUGACCAU